GAGAGGGAGAGGGAGAGAGAGAGAGAAGCCACCAAACCAAACUUCGACUCAAACUCAACUGAACCAUAAUCAUAAAAUAAGCAAAUCGUAAACCCUACCCUACCCUACCCUACCCCAUCUCUCUCACUGAAUUCACCUUCAACACAACCAUGAAACAAUGCCCAGGUUCGUGCUCAGAGAUCCCAUAAUUCUCAAUCAAACAAUUAAUAAUGUAGAUUUCUUGCCAAAGAACGCUUAACAAGAUGUAUUAUAUAUAUAUAUGAUACUCUUUCUUGGCAAUAUAGCGAAUUGGUGUACGUAUUGAUCACAGAUGGCGGAGGUAAUUGGGCCAAGGUUGUACAGUUGCUGUAAUUGUCGAAACCAUGUUGCGCUUCACGAUGAUGUUAUUUCUAAAGCCUUUCAGGGAAAGAAUGGUCGGGCAUUCUUGUUCUCCCAUGCAAUGAACAUUGUUGUUGGGCCCAAAGAGGAUAGGCAGCUCAGGACUGGUCUCCACACAGUUGCUGAUGUCUACUGCAGCGACUGCCGUGAGGUGUUGGGUUGGAAAUAUGUGCGAGCUUAUGAGGAGACUCAGAAGUACAAGGAAGGGAAGUUUGUACUUGAGAAAUCGAAUAUUGCCAAGGAAAACUGGUAGUCCACCAUAAAGUACCCGUUUAGCUGUCACUCCCAUUUGUUGGUUAAAGUGUAUCAGUGCUCCCACAUGUUUGAUGUUGUCCGUGUUAUCUGAAAAUUCAAAAUUGUUCAGUGAUUGUUUCUUGCUGUGCAAUCCUGCUGUGUUGUUGUGUGGAAAUUGUAUUGGAGAAUUAUUAUUGAUUUUGUGCAUAUCUUUUUGGUUUAUUCUUUGAUUCUUUAUGUCUUGGAUUAAGAAUGUUAAUUUGACAGACUACUUGUCUAAUUUAAGGCUUUCACUAGAUAAAAA